ACACGUCUUUCUGCCUUUUGUAUUUUUUGUAUUGCUUUUUUAUUUUCUCAUUCCACAGUAAUAUCUGCGCAAAACUUUCGCAUUCAGCAAAUUAAAGGCAAAUGUCGUUUGCAGCAAUUCAAUUUAGGCGUUCCACAGCGGCAGGUCGUCUGAAUUUUGCAAGUGCAGGGGUAAAUUUCGCGCGUGGCCAGACUCUGUUUAGAAGCAGAGCAAGCCGCUAUUUAUCUUUCUCACCAAGCAAAGGACAUCAGGGAUCCCAGGCGCCCAAGGGAUCUGUUCCACGGCAUCCUCGCCACUGGAAGCGUGCAGCUAUUGUGGUGACUACGGCACUCGGGAUUGGCGGGUAUGUCGUGUAUAACUACGACACUGCAUACUUGGUGGCAUCCAGCGCAUACCGCAGCGCAAUAGUGGCCAAGGUUACGUGCCAGGUGGCAUGGGACUACUACCGCAACUUUCCCGAGCUGCCGUUAGAGAACGACCCAAGCAUUAGCGCGGAUGAGCGGCAGCGGAUUUUGGGUGUGCGCUCAUCCGUGCACCUGCGUUCAGCAGAGAGACUGAAGAGGGUGCUGAUGGUGAAUGGCGGUAUUUAUAUCAAGUUGGGACAACAUUUAAGCGCAAUGCAGUAUAUACUGCCGAUGGAAUGGUGCACAACGAUGCAGUCGCUGCAGGAUCAAAAUACGGCCAGCUCAGUAGAGGAUGUUGGUCACACCAUCCACAUAGACACUGGAAAGACUAUCGAAGAAUUGUUUUCCGAGUUUGAUGAGGUGCCCAUCGGUGUUGCGUCCCUGGCACAGGUGCACCGCGCUGUCCUGCGCGAGAGCGGCCAAGAGGUAGCAGUCAAGGUGCAGCAUCCAAUGGUGCGCACGUACAGUGACAUUGACAUUGCUACGACAUCGGUCAUGCUAGAGUUUAUACACAGCAUCUUCCCGGAUUUCAAGUUCAUGUGGGUGGGCGCUGAGCUGCGCGAGAGCCUUCCUCACGAGCUGGACUUCCGUAACGACAAGACCAACGCAGAGCAGGUGGAGUGGAACUUUGCCGCGCACGCUGAUAUUCCGCUGGUUGUGCCAAAGAUGCUGCAGGCGGCGGAGCGUGUUUUGAUAAUGGAGUUUAUCCGCGGCCAGCGCUGCGACGAUCUGGCGUUCCUGCGGCAGCACAGCAUUAGCCCUUCCGAAGUGUCUCGCGAAAUUGGCCGUGCAUUUGCUGAAAUGACCUUUGUGCACGGCUACCUGCACUGCGACCCGCAUCCAGGCAAUCUGUUUGUGCGCCCGCGCGACCGGAAGCAGACCACGCAUGGGUAUAACUUUGACCUGGUUCUGCUGGACCACGGGCUGUAUCGCCAGUUAUCGUCGCGCUUUCGCUACGAGUAUUCCGAGAUGUGGCGCGCGCUCAUGCGCGGCAACAAGGACCAGAUUAUAUACUGGUCACAUAAGCUUUCGGGAACCGAUCUGUACCGUCUGUUCUCAAUCAUUCUCACCGGUCAGAACUGGGAAACUAUAGAGUCCAAGUCGCUGACGGGGUCUUCUACACCACUGCGGCUCGACAUAGACACGCUGAGAGAGGAGCAGCCCGAUUUGCUGCGCCAGAUCGCCGAGAUUUUGUCAUCGGUGCCACCGGUCUUGCGUCUUGUGCUGAAGACUAACGAUUUGUUGCGCAUGAUCGACAAGAAGCUGUUCGCCGACCAGCCGCCUGCAGUGCAGCAGCACGCACAGACGCGGACGUGGCUGCGCGUGAGCCAUUAUUGCUUAAUUGCAAUUCGUAAUGCGCGCGCGGCCGAUAUCAACCACAAUGACUCGCGCCUGGGCUUUAUAAAGACAUCGUCGAGGCUGUCCCGGCUGCUGCUGAACUGGAUUAGGUUCUGGGUUUACGACACCACGCUAUCCGCGUAUAGCGUCUUCUUGACUAUCGAGGAUGUAUUUAUUCGCUGGCGUGCGAUGCUCACACAUUUGGUCACCCAUGCAUAAGCCAUAACUAAGCUGCGCCAGUUGUUACGAGAAUCGCAUCAAAAAGCGUGCUUGUUUUGUGGUGCGAUCAUCAUAUGCCGCUUUGCGGC